UGUUCCAAAAGAACGAUUCGCGAAUAAACAAGAAGAAGAAGAAAAAGGGAAUGCAAUGCAUCAUAGGAAGGCACCACUUAUGUAAUGAUUAGUUGGAUAGAGUGGCUUUGAAACGGGUUAUUGCAUUACAAAGUUAAUAACCGACAUCUCUGUCAGACUAUCAAAUAUAGAUGAGGAGCUGAGCGAAAUACUUUUCUGAUUCACUGUAAACACGUGAAUGUCACUCUGUAAACACGUGAACUGCGCUGCCCUUCACGAGCAACAGACAGCUGGAUUGGAGUAAUUGAUUUGCAGAGCUGUCAAUUCAGCCUCUGUUCUCAGAUGAAACGUCUAUAAAACCAUUGAAUGAUAGUCACCAGCAGGGCAAGUGCUGUCACAACUUGCAAGACAUACAGCCUUAACUCAGGAUGCAUCCUGAUCUGUCGCCCCAUCUACAUACUGACGAGUGCAAUCAACUUAUAACACUUCUCAAACAGUGCCACAAGGAGCAUAAUGUCCUCAAGUUCUUUGGCACAUGUAAUGAUAUGGACCGUGCAAUGCGGGGCUGUCUCAAGAAAGAGUAUCAGGCAAAGAGGGAGCGCAGCAAGGCCCAUGCAGAAGAAAUGAGACGGCGUUUAAAAGAACAACCAAAAGAGCAUCCCUAGAAUCAAACAUCGCCCCCUUGGAGAACAAAACUACUCCAGACAUGAACUAGUUUCUGGUGUUAGAGUGCUUGGACACUUUAAAUCUGGAAUGCUCUUCUGUGAGGAUUUUUUUAUUAUGACCCUUGCAGUAAAUAAGGUAGUAGAGCAAGUUGAAGAUGAAACUUAAGUUUAUUUAAUAAUGUUUAAUUGCAGGCUGUGAGCUGUAUCCUACUGAUCUGGAAAGUGGGUCUGAAACUAAACGAUUUUUUUAAACUCCAAUUAAAAAAAGUUCAAAAUGAA